AUGAGCGUCCGCGGCGAGCGGGACGACGAGUUAGAAUUGUUCGGUCAGCUCUACGCCCAACCCACGAGAGAGAGAACCGAGAGAGUUUUAGAGAGACACAACCAGGAAUCGCUGCUGACACCGCCACCGGCACCGCCACCCGGUGCUCCAGUACAACAAGAGGCGCGUUUAUCCCACUUACCGGACGGUAGGCUCAACACGUACAACGGGCAAACACCGAAUGCUCGAUAUGACGACAAGGGGCAGAGAGUCCUUCCUGGUGGAGGUGGAGGCGCACGUUUCAUUCCGCCAGAUGAAUACAAAGAGUUUCUUCAGCUCGGUCACGGAGGUAUUUUCGAUCUAGAUUUAGAUAACAUAGACGUUGCCCCGUGGAGAGAGAGAGGCGCAGACCUUAGUGCGUUCUUCAACUAUGGUUUGGAUGAAAGAUCUUGGCGUAAGUACGUCAAAAGUAUUCGAAAAUCACGGCUGGAGCAGCAUUUACAAAAUAAAAUAGAAGCGUACGGCAUUGACUCUUCCGCGCUUGACGCAGAUCUACCGCCUGAAGUACGAAGAGCCAUCGGUGGCUGGGAAUUCGCCGCGACGCAAGUACCUUCACAACCACUCAGCAUGUGCGAACAGUCCCGCCCCCAGUUCAUCUCCUCCGACGAAGCGCGUGUUCACGCGGCUGACGAUCGGUACGUCGAUCGCAAUUCUGCACCCAUCCCUGAUUUGAGCUUUGCGCGAGACGGUGGGGUAAAAUCUACGAGACGAGGAGCCGCCGACGUGGGAGCUCAGAGCAACCAUUCUGAAGUCAGCUCACGAGGCAACGCCACCGACUCUGGUGACGACGUUGGGAUGCUUCACGCGUUGCAAAAACAGAUCGAAGAGCUUCAGAAGGAGUAUAAGAGUACGAUGGAAAGUGGCGUGAUGACGCCGCAGCUCAACUUCCGGCUCCAGCAGCGUAUGCUCGAACUGAAAAAGCGCAUCGUCCAGCACAGCGCUCAAAGUUGA